AUGUCCACCGACGACAGGAAGAAGACGGCGUGUGUCACCGGAGGAAAUGGCUACAUCGCCUCGGUGCUCAUCAAGAUGCUGCUGGAGAAGGGCUACGCCGUCAAGACGACGAUGACAUGGCGAAGAACUCCCACCUCAAAGCCUGAAACCAACUCGAUCGCGUCAUGGCAGAAAGAAGUGAUCGAGCCCGCCGUCCGAGGAACUCUGAACGUGAUGAGGUCGUGCGUCAAGGCCGGGACGGUGAAGCGCGUGAUCCUGACCUCGUCAGCGGCCUCGGUCAUCAGGACGCAGCUGCAAGGCGACGGCCAUGUGCUGGGCGAGGAGUCCUGGUCCGACGUCAGUACCUCACCGCCACCAAGUCUGGUCUCUGGGUACACGCGCGGACACGCAUCCGUUCAAGUUCAGGCGUACCCGGUGUCCAAGGUGCUCCUGGAGAAGGCGGCGAGCGGGUUCGCGGAGGAGCACGGCGUCAGCCUCGUCACCGUCUGCCCCGUCAUCACCGUGGGCGCCGCGCCGGCACCGAGCGCACGCACCAGCGUCCCGAACUGCCUCUCCCUUCUAUCCGGCGACGAGGCAGAGUUCGGCGUGCUGAGAGCCAUGGAGAUGGCGACAGGCACGGUGGCGCUGGUCCACGUCGACGACGUCUGCCGCGGCGAGGUGUUCCUCGCCGAGCAGGAGGCGGCCGCGGGGAGGUACCUCUGCUGCGGCCUCAACACGACCAUCCUCGAGCUCGCACGUUUCCUGUCUGAGAAGUACCCGCAGUACACUGUGAAGACGAAUCUGCUCUCCGGCGAUCUGCUCGAGAAGCCGAGAGUACACGUGUCGUCCGGGAAACUGGUGAAGGAAGGGUUUGAUUGCAAGUACAAGAUGCUGGAUGGGAUGUAUGAUGACAUGAUCGACUACGGGAAGGCCUUGGGAAUUCUGCCAUAG